AUGGGCGGAGGAUCGAGGGGGACAGCGGGGGGGAGCACCUUCUCCUCUCGAGACUCGCCACGGGGCAAUAGCAGCAGCAGCGCCAACGGCGGCGGUAGCACGCCGCGCGGGAGCGGGAACAGUGGCAUGGGGGCGUGGGGGUCGGGGAGGCUGGAGCGCAGCGCGCCGGCCUUCUCCGCGUCGAAGCAACAACACGGCGGCGGCGGCGGCAGCGUUCCGCAGCAGCAGCACUCGGCCGUAGCACCGGGCAGCGAUGGCUACAAGAUGGCGUGCCGGGACCGAUGGAUGAACGUGACGAAGACCAUGAUGGGCGAGAGGGCGGAGAUAACGACCACCAGCGGCUGCGUGUACGAGGGGGUGUUUCACGUGCUCACGCCGGGGGAAGAACCCCGGCCAGGCGCCAAGCGCGGCAUGUACCGGGUGAUCAUGCGCGCGGCCAAGGUACAGGGUGCCACCGACCAAUCAAACGGCGGGCAGUCGAAGAUCGACAGCCGAGGGGGAACGCUGAUGCUGUCCGGCGACGACAUCGUGUCGAUCGCUGUCAAGCGGUUCCCCAUGCAGCACUCGGCGCAGAGGCCGAAGGGGCUGGGGACGGACUCGGACAUCGGGGGCAGGGCGGGCGGGGGGAGUCAGCUGGGGGUGGAGAGGAAGCUCCAAGCGGUGGACACCUCGUGGGUAGAAAGCUCUAGCAACAUGUCCAUCCCGCAGUCUGGAGGAGGCGGUGCCGGGAAGUGGGACCAGUUCGCCGCAAACGAAAAGUGCGGUGAAGUUUCGGCGAUGUGUGGGCUUUUCAACGUGACGAGCACCUUCGACGAGAACCUGUACACCACGCCGCUUGACACCGGGUCGCUGUCGAGGGCGCAGAUGGCGCACGCCGAGCGGAUGGCCGCCGAGAUAGAGGGCAAGACCAGCGGCAAUAUUCACAUGCGAGAAGAGCGCAACAUGCUGACGGAGCAAGACAAGGCCAUGGGAGAGGAGGAGCGGUUCAGCGGCGUCCUCGGCACCGGGGGCAUGGCGUCCCACCAACGCCGAUCCACCGGAAACAACAAUAGCAGCAACAACAACGGUAGCCACCACCGCCACAGCCACGGGCACCACAACAGCCACGGCGGGGGUGGCCGAGAUCCCGGGCCUUCCGCCCCCCGCUACACCCCCGCUCGCGGGUCGACGCCUCCGCCCAAGGGCGAAAACGGUCCGAGUGCGGCCGCUCCGGCGGCGGCAGCGGCCACCGCUACCGCCGCCACCACUCCGACCGCUGCUGCGGGGCGACCGCCUGCCGCUGCCAAGCCCAGGACUACCCCCGUGCCGCCCUCUCCGAAGGCGGCGCCGGUGGCGGCAGCAGCCGCGACGCCGCAGCCCUCGCCAGUAGCUACAAGAGCGGCAGGCGGCGGCAGCGGUUCUCCUCGUGCCGCGACGACGACUGGCAGCAGCAGCGGCGGCAGCGGGUCUGUCUUGAGGGUUUCCAGUAACGCGCCGGCGUUCGUCCCCGCGUCGGCCAAGGCGGCCAUGGCGGCGGCGAAGCCGCCGCUGCCUUCUCCGUCCUCCUCCGCCGGGGGCGGCGGCGGCGGCAGCGGCGGGAGCGCCGCGGCGGACGCGGCGGCGGAGAAGAAGAAAUCGGCCUUGCGAGCCAGCGCGAAGGAGUGGAAGCCGAACCCGACGGCCAAGGAGUGGAAGCCUCCGGGGGGAGCGCCGGCGGCGGCCGCUCCCGUGGCUGCUGCCUCCGCGUCCCCGGUUGUCGUUGCCGCGGCGGCGGUGUCCACGCCGCAGGUGAUGACGCCUACUGCGGUUAGCAUCGCGAGCCCGUCGCCCCGAGGGCCCGGGGGGGGGGGGUUCGGGACCGGAGGCAGGGGCGCCAUGUCCGGUGGAUCGUUGGUGGGUGUGCUGUGCUGGCUCCGUUAG